AUGCCUGCAGCAGUUAAAGGAUAUGAGGACAAGAAUGUCUCCGUCCAGUUGACUGUCUCAGCACCUGGCAUAAACCUCCUUUCCGAGGAAUCCCUCAUGAUCAGAAUUCUGGCAGAAGACAAUCAAACUCCGAACCUUGAGCUGAUCAAGCCAGCCGCCGUACCACGUGACGGUGAAUUGCCACUCACAGAGGAGGUCCUUAGGCUCAUGGAUAACGACACGCCGUUUGUGAAUUUGAAGCUCACGCUUAAGAAACGACCCACGCACGGGGACAUAUUUGUGCGCAAGACCAAUACCACAUCGAGUUCCAUCGGCACGAAGGUGAAGAUGAACGAAAAUGACACAUUCGAGGCCUCGGUUCUCCCCAUGUCUGCCUUAAGGUGGGUAAGUCAUUUUCUGUCCUUCCGUUUGGCUCAACCCUCAGCCGAAAUGCGCUACAUUGCAUCCGUCUGUGUGUCCUCCGUCCAUAUCCGAGCUGGUCUAUGGUCCUCAUCCAUCUUCCUCGACUUUAUUGGGCAGCAAUUACCCCAAUACCCAUCCCCUCUCUGUUUUGAACUUUCCGCAUUCAAACCCGACUUCCUCGACCUUUUCAGCUACAUUCAGGAUGGCUCAAAUACGAAGGAGGACAGCUUCAUUUUGACAGCUACCGAUGGCAAGCAAACGAGCCAACCCCUGCUAGUCACCGUAGCCAUUCAUCCCCGCAUCCUGCAACAGCCGGUCUGGAAACUGUUGGUCAAUAACAGCAUCCUGGUGUGGGAAAACGCCACAGUGACCCUACACCAAUCGGUUUUCCCACAGACCGACUCUGAGAACGAUAACAAUCCGCACGACUCACGUUUCUUCCUCGUGGUGGCUCCUACCAAGGGCAGAUUUGUUUUAGACGGACGGAAAGCUGUCAAUCAGUUUUCGACUGCCGACGUUACAAAUAGUCGCAUCGCCUACCGUCACGGACCCGCGGAGAUUGGCAUUAAGCCACAGGUGGAUAUCGCCCGAAUUUGGGAUUUCAGAAGUGGCAAAAUUUUCAGCCUCAACUUUACGCUCACACCCGUAAACAGCCAGGCACCGACUUUGGUGAGCAAAACCGCCCUACACGUCAAGGAGGGGAAAAGAGUCGUACUUGGUUCGCAGAUCCUGUCUGUAUACGAUGUCGACACGGAGGAGGAGAACAUCAAUAUCCGCCUCAUCCAUCCACCGCGUUGGGGUCACUUGGAAUUGUGCAUCGAAAAUGUCACUGUCAACACUUCUCAGGACAACGCGGCCUUUGCCUUCACAGCCCGAGAUCUUACGGAUAAUCGGGUAUGGUACGUGAAUUCACGACACGCGAAUGGCCAGGAGUCAGCUGGUGACGUCUUCUCCGUGCGGGCCUAUGACGAAGUCUUUGCCUCUAUCGCAACCCUGGAAAUCAAGGUCAUCAUCCAGCCAAUGAACGAUGAGGUGCCCGUGGUGCGGCUUUUGAGUCACUUUUCAGUCCCAGAGGGUGGUCGCCGCAUCCUCACACCUCACCUCUUCGCAGUGAGCGAUCGAGACGUGCCACGAGACAUCCUGCAAAUCCACUUUCCUCAACUACCCACUUACGGGGUCCUGAGUGUGUACUGGCAUUACGGUGAGAAGCAUGUAAUCACAGCUCACAGCGCACCUAUUGCUGAGACCUAUCUAGGCAUGCUCAAUCUCCUCUACGUGCAGAAUGCCUCCCUGCUGCCAAAGGCGAAUGUAGGAGCUGACGGCAUCAGUGCUGGUUACUAUCCCUCAUACUCACCCUACGGACCUCAUGUCCUCGCUGUAGACCAGUUCACUGUAUCUGUCUCGGACGGUCUACAUGAGGUCGUCAAGACGGCUCGGAUCCUCAUUCGUAAACCCAAUGAACAUAAACCUAGCGUAAUCUCCGAUCACAGUAGUGGCAUGUUGACUCUGAUGGGCACCGCAUGGAAGCUGCUGAACGCUCUGCCCGGCGGCCUGCGCAUUGUGGAUGAGGACAGCGCCGACGAAGAUGUAUUGAUCAGACUGACGAGAGCACCCCGUCUGGGACAUCUUGAACGUCUGCCUCGGAGGAUGCCUGUGGAGAGUGAUGCCGCUCCGGGCCCGGAGGACCUCAUUGAAGCUGCCUGGGAUGCAGAAGAGGAGCAAGCAGAACGGUUGGGCAUUUCGAAAAUGGAGCUGAGGAAUGCCGGCAGUGUAGGCGGAGGGAAGUCAGCCAAAACCCUCGAGGAGGCAGACAGUUUCACCAAACGUCAAUUGGAUUCAGAUCGCAUAUACUAUAUUUACACCGGCGAAUACACCAAUGACUUCGUGUACGAUUCCUGCGAACUACAUGUCUCCGAUGGCAGCUACGAGGUCGGUCCAAUAACCAUACAGUUUCGAAUUCGGCAGACACACGGACGACCCAAUGGUCCCUCCGUCUACUCCCAGUCCCAUUUCCUAGACAAAAACUAUCAGGAGGACAGACCCUUGUCGGAUGACGCAUUCAGCCAGACACCUAGCUGGACCUUCGACGAAGGUAAUGGAUGA